AAUCUGCGCUUUUACUUGGCAUGGAAAUAAAAAGCGAGGGCAGGGAAGGGGAGAUUCCAGCCGAGCGCAGAGGCGCAGGGGAAUCGGCAAGCGGGUCGGGACCCAUCUUCCCUAGCGCCUUCGUCCCACUCGGGGUGCCGAAAGCCGGUCUCUUUUUCUCUCGCCCCAAACACACACCCCGUUUAAACCGCUCUUAAGCAAAUGAAGGCAGCUGGCCUUGGCGCCGACGAGGAAGUGCCGCUCUGCCGAAACAACAGCCGCUGAGGAAACUCGAAAAUGAGGAAGCGGGCGCUCCAGUCAUCCUGAACGGACCCGGGGCUCCUCCGGCGGGGGCCUGGCAGGCGUGGCCCGCGAGAGACCGCCGAGCCUAGGCCGGCCUUCUUCGCCGCGGACACUCGGGCUGCUGCUUAGCGGAAAGGGCGCGGAGGAGGCACGGCCAGCGAAGAAGAAGAAGGCUCGACGGCUUGAGGGGCGCCGCCGCCUCGGGAUCGAGCCUCGCCCAGGCAGGUGGCCGGCGGCCGGUCUCCAAGCGCCCGGUCUCUUCUUUCCUCCCCCCCCCCCGGCCUGGGAAGGCCGCGUCUCCUGAGGAGAAAGAGACGUCACGUCAGUUUUCCCGCCCAUUCCCCUCAGGUACAAAAGAAUCACUAUAAGGAACUAAGAAGUGAAAGGAAAAAAUGGCAAGUGCUAAUCCUGUUAUUCACCUCAGCUUUUUCUUUGGCAACAUCACACGUGAAGAAGCUGAAGACUACCUGAUACAAGGCGGGCUGAGCAAUGGACUGUAUCUCCUGCGACAGAGCCGCAACUAUCUGGGUGGCUUUGCUUUGUCCAUGGUUCACGGGGGUAAAGUUUAUCAUUACACCAUUGAGAGGGAAAUGAGUGGCUCUUACGCCAUUACAGGGGGAAAGUCCCACAGGAGUCCUGUAGAACUCAUUAACUACCACUCGGAUGAAGUCGACGGUCUUGUUUGCCUCCUCAAGAAACCGUGUCAUCGACCACCAGGAGUGGAACCAAAAACAAGCCAGUUUGAGGACUUGAAGGAAAAUCUAAUUAGGGAUUAUGUGAAACGGACGUGGAACUUGCAUGGCCAUGCCCUUGAGCAAGCAAUUAUUAGUCAGAAACCACAGUUAGAGAAAUUGAUUGCUACGACAGCACAUUUGAAAAUGCCUUGGUUCCAUGGGAUAAUAACUCGGGAGGAAUCAGAACAGCGUGUUCUUCUGGGCACAAAGACCAAUGGGAAAUUUUUGAUCAGGGAAAAAGAGAAUCAGGGAUCCUAUGCUCUCUGUCUGCUCAAUGAAGGAAAGGUGCUACAUUAUCGUAUUGAGAGGGACAAGAGGGGGAAACUCUCAAUCCCAGAGGGAAAGGCAUUUGAUACACUCUGCCAGCUAGUGGAACAUUAUUCCUACAAAGCAGAUGGACUUCUAAGAAUCAUCACAGAUCCAGUUCCAAAUCCUAACUUGAAAAAUGGCGUAUUCACCUCACCGGAUCAUAGGCCUAAUUUCAGCAAGACUUGGUCAACAGGUGGAAUUUUCACCAGAAUCAAGUCAUACACUUUCCCAAAGCCGGGAAGCAAAAAGCCACCUUUACCUGUCCGGAAUGAUGAUUCUGGAUUACUUUUUACAACGUCAACGACAUCAUUACCAUCUGGCGCUUUCCCAGAUAACCCUUAUGGGCCACCACGUGUAAAGCAAGGUGAUCAGAGGUUGCCCAUGGACACAGAGGUCUACGAGAGUCCAUAUGCAGACCCAGAAGAGGUAAAAGCUAAAAACGUCACCCUGGACCGAAAUCUGCUGAUCCUGGAAGACCACGAACUCGGUUCUGGUAAUUUUGGCACUGUGAAAAAAGGCACCUAUGAAAUGAAAAAGGGAAAGAAGACAGUGGCUGUGAAAAUUCUCAAGAACGAAAGCAACGACCCCUCCUUAAAAGAUGAACUGCUGAGAGAAGCAAAUGUUAUGCAACAACUGGAUAACCCAUAUAUUGUCCGAAUGAUAGGCAUAUGUGAGGCCGAGUCCUGGAUGUUGGUAAUGGAAAUGGCUGAACUUGGCCCCUUGAAUAAAUAUCUGAUAAAACACAGAGAUGUCAAAGAAAAGAAUAUCAUUGAGCUGGUUCAUCAAGUUUCCAUGGGGAUGAAAUAUUUGGAAGAAAACAACUUUGUGCACAGAGAUUUAGCUGCGAGAAAUGUACUGCUGGUUACACAACAUUAUGCCAAAAUCAGUGACUUUGGACUUUCCAAAGCCCUUGGUUCUAAUGAUUAUUACAAGGCAGAACAUUAUGGGAAAUGGCCAGUCAAGUGGUAUGCUCCAGAAUGCAUGAACUUCUUCAAAUUUUCAAGCAAGAGCGAUGUUUGGAGUUUUGGUGUUUUAAUGUGGGAGGCUUUUUCCUAUGGGCAAAAGCCAUACAAGGGCAUGAAAGGUGGGGAGGUUGCUCAGAUGAUUGAAAGAGGAGAGCGAAUGGAAUGUCCAGAAAACUGCCCACCUGAGGUCUAUGAGUUAAUGAAAUUAUGCUGGACAUAUGACGUCGAUGAUCGGCCAGGAUUUUCUGCAGUGGAGUUCAGGCUGCGCAAUUUCUACUAUGACAUUGCACAAUAAGAGCACUGUGUACUGAAUAUCGAUGGUUGCAAAUGGAGACACCAUGCAGGAGGCAAAUAUGAAGAAUGAAGAUACUCUCUGGUGAAAGGAGUUUUGCUGUACAAAUGUCUUUGCAGCUUUUCAGAGCAUUUCUGCAGGAAUCAUUUUCCAAGUGGGGUUGCAUUUGUUCUUUGGAUAUUAAUUAUGCUUUUAACCUAUUGAUGCUGUUAGACUGGCAUGAACGCUGGAGAACCGAGCAGACAGCCCCCAGGCACUUUUCCUGCUCUCAGUAGAAUACCCGUAAUGCUAUUAAGAGAGAUGCAGUGCCUUAUUUGUUCCUAGUAAAUAAGGAAUAUUGAUACUGCCACUUUCAUAACCUUUCCUUGGGACAGUCAACACAGGGAUUGAUUUUGGACCGGAACUGAGUCCUGAGCCUGCUUCAAGUAGCCGAUUUCGGCCUUAAACUGUGUUUGCCAAUGCAAAAUACAGAAGUAGUGUGUUGUUCAUGUGCUAAACAAGAGCUUUGCUUUGGCCUCUGCUACCGUAGUACUUCUUCCUCACUGUUAAGUCCUAUCGAACACAGAAAUCUAAUUAUUCUGUAGGCUAUGUUCCACAACAGCACCCUAACCACACCCUCUUUCUUGAUCUAUAUAACGUAAGGCUGCAAUACCUAAGGACAUUUACUUGAGUAGUGGUUCUUGUUGAUUGACUUCUGAGUAUACAUUUUAAAAAUUGAACUAUAAUUUUCACAGUAACGAAAUGAAUAAAACACACGAACUAGCCACCAGCAAUGCAACUAAUCUUACCCAGUAUCUGUAGGCUGCAGCCACCAAUCCAGUGUGACUGUCCCAUCUUGUAGGCUGCUGAAAAGUACUUCCAUGGGAAGGCACAGGAGUUGAUGGGCAUCUCCUUUUGAAAGACUUUUGCUACCUCUCAGCAUAUCCAGGUGAGCACUGGCAUGGAGAGGAAUGCACAAGAGCCUUCAGAUUUAGCACCCACUAUGCAGGAAUCCUUUCAUUGGUCCCCAUGCAUAGUUUGUAACAUUUUGAAUAAGCCCUCAUAGCCUGCAUUAUUGCUGCAAGAAGCUGGCUGGUGGAAGGCGCACCCCUGAAUUUCCUUUCCCUAGCACCCUGAAUGAUCAUGGAACUGCAGGAACUCCCCUAUGAGGAAUGGUACAACAGUUGAGUCUUUUCAGCACCUCAAAUGCAACAAAUAGGAUCAUGACAUAAAAAUUGGAAUAUCUCUUUGUAAUCAAGCAAUGCUGCAGAAUGUAAACUAAUGCCAAACAAUCAGAUUCAGAAAUCUUGGCACUAGGUCCUAUGAAUGCAAAAUGCCUUUUUUUAAACAGUUUUUUUAAAAAAUGAACUUCUAUUUUCAUUGCCUAUUUAUGUACAGAAAAUGCUUCUCUUAUAUUAUUUCAUAUGGUCUACAUUUUGAUUUUGAAAAACAAACAUCUGUUUAUUCAAUUUUUUCUGGCUGUUUGUUUUCCUUGGUCUGGUUUCUCAAUGCCAUUGUUCAGUGCCAAUUUAUAUCACAAGAAAUUCCACGGAUGGUGGUGGGAGUUGCAUUAGGACUGUGGUGAUAGCCCUUCCUUGUAUGAAUUUUGUGGUUCAUACAAGCCCUGCUGUGGUUCAUAGAAGUUUGUAAGUGAUCUAGAUUGGGGAGUGUAGGCAAGGUAACAGGAAGUCCAGUCAUCAGGAAAUGUCACUUUCAUUUGCCCAGGGACAUCUAUAUCGGGCAUAGGCAAACUCGGCCCUCCAGAUGUUUUGGGAGCACUACUUCCAUCAUCCCUAGCUAACAGGACCAGUGGUCAGGGAUGGUGGGAAUUGUAGUCCGAAAACAUCUGGAGGGAUGAGUUUGCCUUUGCCUGAUCUAUAUCUAUUGUGGUUCUGUGGGAAUGCUGAUACGCUCAGGCUGUCGUAUUGGGUGCAAAAUUCAGCUGCCUUCACAUUUCAGUUUAUGUUAUAAUAUUUCUAAGCUUUUGUAACUGCAAAGAUCUGCUUGAGAGGGUGCAGGCAAUGCUUGCUGUAAACGAAGAAGCUGAAGAUAGAACUGGGAACCUCGGUAGCUGCCUGAAGCGAAGGGCUCAUUCACACUUCCAUUUACCCCGCUGCUUUCAGAUUUCCCGUGGAUUGCCCUUUGUUCCGAUUUAGUACUAAAGAGCAGGUUUUCCAGGGAAAGCGGAAGGACAAGGGCAAAACAGCUCAGACCUGUGCCUUAUAGGCACAGGACAAGCCCAAGUGACACCAUUGGUCCAUUUAGCGGGGUGCUGACGGCAGUUUCAAACUGGCGGUGAAUCUAUCUAGAGAUGUGGUUGUAUUAUUCCUAUAAGGUAUGGAAUGUCCUUACAUUUUGUAUGCCAUUAGUCCUUUUAAGUUACUCAUAGCGUUUGAGAAAUUUUAUAGAAGGCUAGGAGACACACCACUCAGAAAGCUAAAUAAAACCUUUGCCCUCUCUCCCACUAGUGGUUUUUGAAUCUGUGUACAUGCAAUGGCGCUGUGGGUUAAACCAGAAAGUCAGCAGUUCGAAUCCCCGUGACGGGGUGAGCUCCCGUUGCUUGGUCCCUGCUCCUGCCAACCUAGCAGUUUGAAAGCACGUCAAAGUGCAAGUAGAUAAAUAGGUACCGCUCCGGCGGGAAGGUAAACGGUGUUUCCGUGGGCUGCUCUGGUUCGCCAGAAGCGGCUUAGUCAUGCUGGCCACAUGACCCAGAAGCUGUACGCCGGCUCCCUUGGCCAAUAAAGCGAGAUGAGCGCCACAACCCCAGAGUCGGUCAUGACUGGACCUAACGGCCAGGGGUCCCCUUUACCUUUACCUUUACACGUAAUGUUACUUGGGAUGCAGAGCUAUUGUAGUUUUCUGGAAAUGUUGUGGUUUGAUGUGGUUUUCCCCAACCCAGCACUAAUCUGACAAUGACUAUAGUAGGAAACUAACCAGACAGUUUGAAUCCCUGCCUGCUCUCUGCCCCCUGGUGUGGACACACUGCGGGCGAGGUGGAAACACAUCAAAGCCUACUGAUGUGUACAGAAAGGAGCAAAUGCACCUUGAAACACAGAGGGGGGCGGAAUGACUUCAUUGCAUUUUAAACCAGUAAUAUGUACCGUGCAUAGUCUUAAAGAAAAGCAAAACAGCAGGAGGAAACUCCUGACUUCAUCCUAAUGCAAGCUAAGGCCAGUGCCAUCUAGUGAGCAGAUGAUAAAAUGAUACUGUCUUCACUGCUCUGAAAGUGAGCAUGAUAACUACCGUAUGUGUUUCUUGAAGAGGGUGCUUUGUAAAUACCUACAACAUAAAAUAGAUUAGACAGGUGAAAGGGAGAGAGCAAAAAGGAUCCUAACAGGAAAGCACAUGAGAUUUGUGUCCUGGCAUUGUUUUAUUUAUUGGAGUAUAUACAGACUGCACUUUCAUUUAAAAAAACAGUAAGAUGGGAUAUGUCAUACAAAAUUAGAAUAAGGUCAAUAGCAAUGCCCGUUAUCUUGAGCCUCCAAGUCUCUGGGGAUACAUAAUUAUACCAGCAAAAAAACAACAACCAGUUCUUAUUAAACACCUCCAAAUCUUUUCCAAUCUAGACGAGCAUGAGAAGAAGGUGAGAAAUAGUUUGCAGCACCUUCCUGCUCUAUAUGCAGGAGCUUGGACUACCUCAGACCUCCAGGACUGACAUGGAAGUUCCUAUCAUGAGCAUCUUGUGGGAACCGAUCCAACCCUUAUUUUGACCAUUAUUCAAUAUUGACUUGUUCUCUGUCUGUCUGACUGACUGCCUCUCCAGGAAAAGGUUCCCCUUAAACAAAAAAUUCCUUAGAAGAAAUAGCAAGCCCAUUUUCUAGUCCCAAAUUCAGAUCUAUGCCUGUUAA